CUUUCAUUACAUUUUCAUUAUAUAAACACAUACUCAACAUUACUUCUUCUUCUUCUUCAUUUGAACCUCCAAAAUGACAUCCAUGUAUAAUUUCAUCCUCAUCCUUUCCCUAGCCAUUAUAGCUUCCAAUUCAUUUGUCCAUGCAACAUUUCAUACUUCCUCAGGAACCGACGAUGGAUCUGAACAAUGGGGUUACGUCGAAGUUCGACCUAAAGCACAUAUGUUCUGGUGGCUUUAUAGAAGUCCUCAAAGAGUUGAAGAUCCUUCUAAUCCAUGGCCAAUAAUAUUAUGGCUUCAAGGAGGCCCUGGAGGUUCGGGAGUAGGAUUUGGAAACUUCGGGGAAAUUGGGCCACUUGAUGAAGAAUUGAAGCCUCGAAAUUCAACUUGGCUCACCAAGGCAGAUCUUUUGUUUGUGGAUAAUCCUGUUGGAACGGGAUAUAGUUAUGUGGAUGACACGAGUUUAGUCGUGAAAACUGACGAGGAGGCAGCACAAGAUCUAACCACACUGUUGAAAGCGUUAUUCAAUGGAAAUGAAACGCUUCAAAAGAGCCCGGUUUUUAUUGUCGCGGAGUCAUAUGGGGGAAAGUUUGCAGUUACUCUCGCACUUUCGGCUGCCAAGGCAAUCGAAAAUGGACAGCUAAAACUACGUCUCGGAGGGGUGGCUUUGGGAGAUAGUUGGAUUUCUCCUGAACAUUUUGUGUUCUCUUGGGGACCUAUUCUUAAGGACAUGUCAAGACUUGAUGACAUUGGCUUGAAGCAAUCUAUUAGUUUGGCACGAAAGAUCAAGAAACAACUUGCAAUUGGAAAGUAUGAAGAUGCCACACAAACUUGGGGAGAUCUUGAAGAUUACAUUUCUUCUAGAAGCAACUUUGUGGAUUUCUAUAACUUCAUGUUGGAUUCCUCGGAAGGUGUCAGUACUGUUGAAAUUGUUAAGUCUCAAAACUACAAGAAAUCCCUCGGAAAUAACUACUACUACAAAAAAGUCGCGUCUUCUUUAAAUCAUGCAAAUCCUGGAACCAAUUCUGUUGAUCUCGGAAGCUUAAUGAAUGGACCAAUAAGGCAAAAACUCAAGAUUAUUCCAUCCAGCGUGACGUGGGGAGGACAAAGCGAUCUUGUGUUCACAGCUAUGAUGGGUGAUUUCAUGAAGCCAAGAAUCCAUGAGGUUGACGAGUUACUUGCCAAAGGCAUAAAUGUGACCAUUUACAAUGGACAGGUUGACUUAAUAUGCUCAACCAAAGGAACAGAAGCAUGGGUCAAAAAACUCAAAUGGGAUGGCUUGAACAAUUUCUUGAAUUUGAGCAGAACUCCAUUGUACUGCGGGCAAGGCAAGGUCACAAAAGGGUUUUUCCGGUCCUAUAAAAACCUAUUCUUCUAUUGGAUACUCGGUGCAGGCCAUUUUGUACCAGUGGAACAACCAUGUGUUUCACUUGAGAUGGUGGGAAGUAUUACUCAAUCUCCCAAUAAAUGAUAAAAUGUUAUUUAAAUUUGACAUUCACAUUUUAUUGUUUUUACUCUUUAUGGAAGAAGGGAAAAUGGACCAAGACCCAAUAAACUUACUAGUGUCUUCAUCUCUACUUUUUUUAUUUUUUAAAUUUUCACAUUA